GCCUCAGCCUUUCCUGCCUUUGACUGAAACAGCAGCAUCUUCUAAGCCCUGGGGGCUUCCCCGGGCCCCAGCCCCGACCUAGAACCCGCCCGCCGCCUGCCACGCUGCCGCUGCCGCUUCCUCUAUAAAGGGACCUGAGCGUCCGGGCCCAGGGGCUCCACACAGCAGGUUCUCCCCAUGACACCACCUGAACGUCUCUUCCUCUCAAGGGUGCGUGGCACCCCCCUACACCUCCUCCUUCUGGGGCUGCUGCUGGUCCUGCUGCCUGGGGCCCAGGGGCUCCCUGGUGUUGGCCUCACACCUUCAGCUGCCCAGACUGCCCGUCAGCACCCCAAGAUGCAACUUGCCCACAGCACCCUCAAACCUGCUGCUCACCUCAUUGGAGACCCCAGCAAGCAGAACUCACUGCUCUGGAGAGCGAACACGGACCGUGCCUUCCUCCAGGAUGGUUUCUCCUUGAGCAACAAUUCUCUUCUGGUCCCCACCAGUGGCAUCUACUUCGUCUACUCCCAGGUGGUCUUCUCUGGGAAAGCCUACUCUCCUAAGGCCACCCCCACUCCACUCUACCUGGCCCAUGAGGUCCAGCUCUUCUCCUCCCAGUACCCCUUCCACGUGCCUCUCCUCAGCUCCCAGAAGAUGGUGUAUCCAGGGCUGCAGGAACCCUGGCUGCACUCGAUGUACCAUGGGGCUGCGUUCCAGCUCACCCAGGGAGACCAGCUAUCCACCCACACAGAUGGCAUCCCCCACCUAGUCCUCAGCCCUAGUACUGUCUUCUUUGGAGCCUUCGCUCUGUAGAACUUGGAAAACUCCAGAAAGAAAAAAUAAUUGAUUUGAAGACCUUCUCCCCAUUCUGCCUCCAUUCUGACCAUUUCAGGGGUCACCACCACCUCUUCUUUGGCCAUUCCAACAGCUCAAGUCUUCCCUGAUCAAGUCACUGGAGCUUUCAAAGAAGGAAUUGUAGGCAUCCCAGGGGACCACACCUCCCUGAACCAUCCUGGAUGUCUGUCUGGCUGCAGAUUUCAAGCCUGCCUAGGAAUUUCCAGCCCAAAGCUGUUGGUCUGUCCCACCAGCUAGGUGGGGCCUAGAUCCACACACGGAGGAAGAGCAGGCACAUGGAGGAGCUUGGGGGAUGACUGGAGACAGGGAGGGGAUUAUUUAUGAAGGCAAAAAAAAUUAAAUUAUUUAUUUAUGGAGGAUGGAGAGAGGGGAAUAAUAGAAGAACAUCCAAGGAGAGACAGAGACAGGCCCAAGAGAUGAAGAGUGAGAGGGCGUGGGCACAAGGCUGACCGAGAGAGAAAGAAGUAGGCGUGAGGGAUCACAGGGCCCCAGAAGGCAGUGAAAGGCUCUGAAAGCCAGCUGCUGACCAGAGUCCCACACGAAGGCAUCUGCACCCUGGAUGAAGCCCAAUAAACCUCUUUUCUCUGA